AGACGAUAUAAUGCGAGACCCUCAAUGAUUUCUGUCAGCAUUCGAAUCUGGAAGCACCCGUUGAUAAGAUAAAAUGAAGUUCGUCAUCCUACUGGUCCUGUCCGUGGUCAUUUGCAGUGUUGCCACUGAAAGAACCAUCAAGAGAGAGGAAGAUGUGACCCAGGAAGAGUCCGAAGAGGUCGCCAAGAGAUUGUUUUUCAAGAAUUUCGUGAAGAGCCACUGGAAGGAAGCAGCCAGGGCUGGUCUUAAACUGGCUAGUAAAGCCCUUGAAAAGAGAGGCGAGGAUGUGACCAAGGAAGAGUCCGAAGAGGUCGCCAAGAGAUUGUUUUUCAAGAAUUUCGUGAAGAGCCACUGGAAGGAAGCAGCCAGGGCUGGUCUUAAACUGGCUAGUAAAGCCCUUGAAAAGAGAGGCGAGGAUGUGACCAAGGAAGAGUCCGAAGAGGUCGCCAAGAGGUUGUUUUUCAAGAAUUUCGUGAAGAGCCACUGGAAGGAAGCAGCCAGGGCUGGUCUUAAACUGGCUAGUAAAGCCCUUGAAAAGAGAGGCGAGGAUGUGACAAAGGAAGAGUCCGAAGAGGUCGCCAAGAGAUUGUUUUUCAAGAAUUUCGUGAAGAGCCACUGGAAGGAAGCAGCCAAGGAAGCUUUGAAAUUGGGUGUUAAAGCCCUUCUAAAAAGGAGGGCCGAGGAUGUGACCAAGAAUUAGAAGGUUAUUGUAAAGGAAAGUAGAAUGGCAGGUGUCAUAUGAAAAAGAUGCGAGUAGGUACUUCCCGUAUUCCUAUGUAAUGGCUAGUCUUCAUUCCAUCUGAAGAUUGAAAUAAAAUCAUCACUGCUUUGA